AAAUAAGAAUUGUUUAAGUUUCAUUUUUAAGGCCAAACACACAAAAAUUCAUCUUGUCAUGAGUUGAAAAUUUUUGCUUAGUCCAUAGAUGACUCGCCUUGUGGCAUUUCUAAUUGUCAUUCUCUUAGUUUCAAGAUCAGUCAUGCCUCAGAUGCCACAGGAUUUCAUUGAUUGUUUGAAUGUGCUAGUAUAUUUCAGCUCAUGCAUAGGAUUUAUCAAUGGACGACUGCAAGAACCAACAUGGAAUUGUUGUAUGGGAGUACAAGAACUCAAUAGGUUAGCAAGGCAGAAUCAUGAUACGCAAAGGAUCUGUCAAUGCAUUGAACUUUUUGCAAGAUUAGGAGAUCCACCUUUCCUUGUUGCCAAUAUCAAUGCUCUUCCAAUCAAGUGCCAGACGCAUCUCAGCUUCCCCAUUUCUAUCAGAAAGGAUUGCUCCAAAGUUCAGUAAACUGAUGAACUAAGCCGAAGACCUCUUGAUGGAGACUGUAGUAUGAAACUGAUAAGAUGGAUAAAGCAUCCAAAUAAAACUUAUUAUUGUUAAUCUAUAUUAGAAAGACAAAAGAACAAGUGUUAUAUUUUGUAAUUACGUUAACAGCCUUGAUUUAUACCAUACUCAUUAGGAAAUGCAAAAUGAAUUUUCAGA